GUGACCCAAGCGCUGCUAUCGCCGCCUCUCACCUUCUGUUUGCUAAAUGGCUAUCUGUGGGCUAAGGAAAGUGUGUAGAAUGGAUUGAAAACAACAUUUAGAUUAGUAAAAUAACACGCGCGGUGCAGAGGAUUCUACCUUACGGCCGCCAUGUUCGGUCGGUCGCGGAGCUGGGUUGGACAGGGAAGGGCAAAGAACGUCCACUCCUUGGAUCAGUUGAAGUAUUUGUACCAUGUCCUGACCAAAAACACCACAGUGACAGACCACAACAGAAAUCUGCUGGUGGAGACGAUCCGCUCCAUCACUGAGAAUCUCAUCUGGGGAGAUCAGAAUGACAGCUCUGUGUUUGACUUUUUCCUGGAGAAGAACAUGUUCGCUUUCUUCCUCAACAUCCUUCGACAAAAGUCUGGUCGUUACGUGUGUGUGCAGCUCCUUCAGACUCUCAAUAUUCUGUUUGAGAACAUCAGCCACGAGACGUCCUUAUAUUAUCUCUUGUCAAACAAUCAUGUGAACUCCAUCAUCGUCCACAAGUUUGACUUUUCUGAUGAGGAGAUAAUGGCCUACUAUAUAUCGUUCCUCAAGACGCUUUCACUUAAACUAAACAACCAUACUGUGCACUUCUUCUACAAUGAGCACACAAAUGACUUUGCUCUGUACACUGAGGCCAUUAAGUUUUUCAACCACCCUGAGAGCAUGGUGCGCAUUGCAGUCCGGACCAUCACGCUCAAUGUUUACAAAGUGGAUAACCAGCACAUGCUCCACUACAUAAGAGAUAAGACUGCGGUCCCUUACUUCAGUAACCUGGUCUGGUUUAUCGGGAGCCAUGUGAUUGAACUGGACAAAUGUGUACAGACGGAUGAAGAACACAAAAAUCGUGGAAAGCUGAGCGACCUGGUGGCGGAGCAUUUGGACCACCUGCACUACCUGAACGACAUCCUCAUAAUCAACUGCGAGUUCCUUAACGACGUGCUCACGGACCACCUGCUCAACCGGCUCUUUUUACCCCUCUACGUCUACUCCCUGAUCAGCCCCGAAAUUUCUGAAGAGCGAAAAAUCAACCCUCAAGUCUCUCUCUACCUGCUGUCCCAAGUUUUCUUGAUCAUCCACUACCAGCCUCUAGUCAACUCCUUAGCCGAUGUGAUUCUCAAUGGGGACCUGUCUGUUUUCACGCAGCAGACAGACAUCCAAAGUGCACACACAUUUAUGGCCAGUGCAGGUGGAAUGCGUCGCUUCAUCAAGCCCCCCGAAUCACUGGAACGCUCUCUGGAAAUGUCCCGACACCGCGGACGCAAAAAGACCCAGAAGAGGCCCAACUAUAAGAACUUGGGAGAGGAGGAGGAGGAGGAGCGGGCGGGCUUAGGAGGGGGUGAGGCCGACGAUGGCUGGGACGAGAGAGAGGGGGUCCGGGAGAAGGCCAAAGGUACAGAGGGAGUGGCAGGUGGGAGCUCUAAGGGCAGCAGAGCCAGUGGGGAGACAGCCGAAGAAAUAGAGAUGGUGGUUAUGGAUAAAUCUAAGGUGUCUGAGCUCACUGAGCAGAACAUCACCGAUGAGGAGAAGACGGCAGCAGCGACCUGCAUGUACACACACAGACCCUUUUUAGACAUGGUGUACACGGCCUUGGACUGCACCAGUGACGACUACCAGGCCCUGUUUGUCCUGUGCCUGCUCUAUGCCAUCUCCCACAGUAAAGGCAUAAACCGAGACGUCUUGGAGCGGCUGCAGCUGCCCGCACCAGAGCAGCAGAGGAGCUCCUACAGUGUGGUGCUGGUGGAGAGACUCAUCAGAAUCAUGAGCCAUUGUGCACAGCCAGACGGCAGAGUGCGCCUCGCCACUCUGGAACUUAGCUGCCUUUUAUUAAAGCAGUCCGUGCUCUCCGGCAAUGACUGCAUAAUAAAAGAUGUCCACCUCGCGUGCCUUGAGGGCGCCCGUGAAGAAAGCCUCCACCUACUGCGUACAUUUUAUAAGGGGGAGGAGAUAUUCCUGGACAUGUUUGAGGAUGAGUACAGGAGCAUGACUAGUAAACCCUUGAAUGUGGAGUAUCUCAUGAUGGACGCCUCCAUUCUCCUGCCACCGACGGGCACCCCUUUGACGGGCAUCGACUUUGUGAAGAGGCUGCCCUGUGGGGACGUGGAGAAGACAAGACGAGCCAUCCGUGUGUUUUUCAUGCUGCGCUCGUUGUCACUCCAGCUUCAGGGGGAACCAGAGACACAGCUGCCUUUGACUAGACCCGAGGACCUGAUAAAGACUGAUGACGUCUUAGAUCUCAAUAACAGUGACCUUAUCGCCUGUAUGGUGGUCAGUAAAGACGGGCUCCAGGCUCAGAGGUUCCUGGCUGUGGACAUCUAUCAAAUGAGUCUCGUCGAACCAGACACCAAACGCCUUGGAUGGGGUGUGGUCAAAUUUGCUGGCCUUCUGCAAGACAUGCAAGUAUCUGGUGUUGAGGAUGACAGUAGAGCCUUAAACAUAGUGAUUCAUAAGCCCAGCUCGAACCCCCACGCCAAGCCCUUGCCCAUUCUGCAGGCCAACUUUAUAUUUGCUGACCACAUCCGCUGCAUCAUCGCCAAGCAAAGACUGGCGAAAGGCCGCAUCCAGGCUCGGCGAAUGAAGAUGCAGAGGAUCGCAGCUCUCCUAGACCUCCCUGUGCAGCCCAGUGCGACUGAAGUGCUGGGAUUCGGACAGACAGUGAAUGCAUCACCAGGAGGCCUGCCUUUCCGCUUCUAUGAGCAGUCCAGACGAUCCCCCAAUGACCCCACCGCGAGCAGAUCUGUGUUUGCGUCUGUGGAUAAAGUACCAGGCUUUGCAGUGGCCCACUGUGUGUCCCAGCACAGCCCCUCCCCCCUGUCUUCCCCUUCUCCCCCCUCCAGUGGCAGUGGAAGUACAGGCCGUUGUGAUUCUGUCACUAACAGUACAGUGUCGACGCAGAGCCCUGCAGAUGAGAGCGUGUUUUCUGCGUACACCCCCCCUGCUUGUGUAGCACCAGAAGAAGGCGCUCCUGCCUCCGCUCAUGGCCCAGCGCUGGCCCCGAGCUUGACUCCGGCCACGCAGCCCACCAUUUCCCUCCUCACAGACGACGCCACGGACAGCCUCAGUGUGGAGUCACUCACUCUCCUGCCCCCUGCUGGCUCCCCUCACCUCCACCCCUGCACCAGCGUCGCCCCAAAAGGACAGGCCACCAUCAUAGAAGAGGAGGAGAUGAAGGAGCUAGGACACACGGGGGAUGAGGAGGAAGAGGAGACUGAUGCUACUGUAAAAGAAGAGCAAAUGACAACCACUGAUGAAGACUCACCCGAACACCCACAGACAGGUCAAUGUGACACCAUAGACUCACCUGAACUGGACUAGGAAUUUAGCACAAGAAAGUGACCAGUGGUUGAACCACUAUAACUCAAACUGCACUCUCUCUGAAGACAUGAACUCUCUUCAUGGGAGAAGACCUGCUCCAGUGUGUCCUCAGCACGCAUCAACAGGCACAACCAGCAACAUUUCUACUCAUUCUGUUUUCAGAGUGUCUCAAAGGGUUUUAAUGGACUUGUUCUGUGGAUAUGCCCUUAGUCGCAGCUGCAGACGUCAUACAAAUGUGUUUUUAGCCCUUUGCUUUUAAGUAGAUACCAUCGGUUCAUAUUCCACCUAUGACAACAGCUGCUGUGUCCCUGCAGUGCGUGGGGUGUGUCUGUGAACGGCAGUGGCACCAAACACUGCUCUACUGUCUAGGGCUGGGUGAUAUGGUGAGAAUAAUCGGAUGGUGACCUUAUCCAUGUGAUGAUAUGCCCUUUUGUUUAUCAUGAUUCACUAUUUCUCUAUUUUAUGUACGGUAGCUCUUCACACAGUUUCUCCCACUCAUUUUCUCUCAUAGGUUAGUCCUUAUAAGGCUGUGAGUGAGUGACGGCUGGAUUUAACCAGUCACAGUGAAACGUAAGCAUUCAGAAAUGGCAGACAUUUUAAAGGCAAUAGAAAAAUGCAGUGCACAUUAAUGAAAAUAAAAACUGUGAUCUAAUUCUUUGCCAUAUCGCCCAUCCCUACUAAUGUCUACGCUUUUCACACGGUUUGAUUCAAGCUAACGGGUGUGUAUCAUUGUAGCUAGCAUUUAAACAACAAAGAAAAACAGGUAUAUACUCGGGCUGCGUAGAGUUUUAGACCUUGUGUAAUUUUAAUUUGCAGUUUUAUGACAACAUCCCAUUUGAUAGCGUCCAGGACAGUAAACGCGCACUGAAACGAACACGCUAGUGACAGAGCUAACAGACUGAAUGAACAACAACAACGAUGACACAGUUCAAUGUUCCUUAUUGCUGCUUUACUAAUUAACUGACAUGGCCAACAGCGCGUGAAUGUACUGUCAGCUCUUUUAGCACGCACCAGUAACACCAGUCGAGUUCCUGGAAGCACUUUAGAGCGCGCCGGAUCGAAACGAGAACUCAAGACCUUCUGAAAAUGUUGUUUCUUGAGCCGUGACUAAGCAGUUAUUUAGAGAAUAGUGCAGCCUCUCACUUUGUGUAAUGAGUAAAACAAAGCUUUACUUCUGCAAAAGCUAAUCAGAGGUGACAGGUGAAUGUAAUACAAGUUUCCCAAUGCUGGUGUCUCUCUCUCUCUAUCUCUAUCUCUCUAUCUAUACGUUUGAAUGGAAUUUCUUAGUCUAUUUUCAACAAACAAAGCACAGAAUGUCAGAGCGACCUCUCACGGCCAUUGACCUUUGACCUUUUUUUUCUUUCUGUGCCAUUAUAUUGUACAGUCUUAAUGAUCAGUGGGUUAUUUCUUACACUGUACAGUCAUCCACUUUAUAAAUAAGAAAUUCAGAGCAAUACUCUCUUUAUGGAGUUUUCCUCUUCGUAUUUCCGUAUGGUUUUGUAAAUAGCAGCAGAAUGGCAGCGGUCGUGAUCACUGGUGCACUGCAGGCUUGGCACGGUGACGAGCUGCCGGUGUUCAUUUAGAGGUGGGCAGUGUAUUGUGUUUGUUAAAUAAUACUGACAUUUUGAUGAGUGUCUAUGAUAAGAAUUCAAAAACUGCAUACGUUUUUUGAUUAAAAGAAAUUUAGGUUAUACUUUAUAAUAACCACACCUCAAUUAGCAGUAAUAAAACACAAACAUUGACUCAAUUCACAAGGAGAAAAUGGUUUAUUAAGAAUGGUUCACACUUAGAAACUACUUAAUUAAAGGGUUAGGAGGUAGAGGAUUAGUUUAGUCACUAAGACUUUAUCAUUCUUAUUAGGGAUGUACGAUAAAUAGCAAUUUGAAUGGUUGAAAGUACGAUAACUUCCUCUACAAACUGCAAAAUGUGAUUCAUCUUUUACUUUGCCAGUUCAUAUUUCAGCCUUUUUAUCCCAAAAAUCGCAGAUAUCUUUCUCAAAUCGUUCAGACUUCGUCACUAAUUAAAGGUUUUGGAGGGAGAGUAUUAGUUUAGUUACUAAGUCUGAACGAUUUGAGAAAAAUAUCUAACUGCGAUUUUUUUAUACGGGAAUAGAAUAAUUGAUAAAAAGGCUGGAAUAUGAACUGGCAAACUAAAACAAGAAUCACGUUUUGCUAUUUAUCAUGCAGCCCUGAUAAGAAUGAUUCAGUCUUAGUAACUAAACUAAUGCCCUAACUCCUAAACCUUGAAUUAGUUACAAAGACUGAAUCAUACUUAAAAGGGUUUGAAAGUUCGAAAUUGGCAAAUCACAAAGGCAUUUUUUUGUUUUUGCAUCUCUAAACUGAAAAAUGUGAUUCUUGUUUUAAUUUGCACUUCAUAUUUCAACCUUUUUUUCUAUUUCUAUAAUUCUAUUCACAGAUCAGCAUCACAAUUAGAUCUUUUUCUCAAACCGUUCAGCCCUGAUUCUUAAUAAACCAUUUCCUCAUUUUCAACUAAAUCUUCGGGUAAUUCAAGUAAUUAAAUGUAGUUUUUCUGAAGUGCUACCAAAACCUCUCAUGUAGUACAGUAAUCUUUCAGAAUUAGGUGUAAAGUGCCACUUCCUAACUUUUGUUUUCAAUUUUACUGCACUUUCAGUUUUUGUGCAAGACUGGAAUCUCAACCAAAAACAUUUAGACACAUUCCAGCACAACACUGGAUUUCGGGAAGUCUAUUUUUGAUCAGAAAAUGCUAAAAAUAAAACUAAAAUUAAACGAUAUCGAUACCGCCCACCCCUAGCCCAUGAUUGUAGUGAGCGUGUGUGUGUUUGUACGCCCUGUAAAUGCUUUUGACUGUAAAAUUAAGAAAAAAAUACCUGCAAUAAAUUAUUCUACUAC